GUGGAGAGGGGAAAAAGAAACCGUGUUCCUGCACUCCUUUGUUUUCUCUUUACAUAGAGGAAAUCGAAGCAAUUACGGUUACGUAUAGGACCUCGAGUGAAUAAACUUACGUAGAUUCCUUAGUCACAGCUUAUCUCUCUUAUCAUUGGAUACGUUAUUAUUGUCGCUGAAGCGCGAGUGGUGGUAUUCAUUUAGUGGAAAGAACUCGCAUCUUUUUUCCCUCUGUUUUACAUCUUUUGUGUUUUUUCUUUCUUUUCCCAACUUUCUGUUGUUGGCCCAUGUGGAGAAGCAGCUCUCUCUUGCUACGGCGGCUCCCAAACGAGGUGGCCGUCGUGGCUUCGACCGCAUCGGCGUCCGGCUGCAGUGGCGCCAACAAUUACCACCACCACCACAACUCCGUCAGCGCGCUCCCUCCUCGGUCCAACCCUUUCCGUUUUUCGAGCGCCGACCCGCUCUCCUCCUGCCCCCUCCUCAGCCGCCACCGACUGGUCGCACCGCCGACCCUCUGCGUCGCCCGCCGCCGUCAGUCACAGAGCUCACCAGGCAGAGUUAGCACCCAGUGGCAGGAAGGGGAGGUGGACCCGCGCUACUCCUCGGAGGGCAACAUGCGCAGGCUCAACCCUGACACGAUGCCGCACUACGUCAAGUCGACGAUCCAAAAAGACCGCCGCGAAAUGGGCCUCGCUGAGGUCUUUGACUGGGGAGAGUUUGCGAAGGACGCCGUCUACAUCCCAACCCGCUCUGGUCCGCUGUGGGUCGGCAGCGACGACCCCCGUGCCUCGAGGUUGGUGCGGCGCAAGGAGAAGAUGAAGCGGAAGCCGCUGCAGCGCACCCGGCGGAAGCCCGGCCCGGACCCGGCCAAGGCGCUGGAGGACCACCCCCUCCGCGAGUACUUCACGACCCCCACAAACCUGCGCGACCCCCUCAGCGUCGCCAUGGGGCUGCACCGUGCUGGGCGCAUCCGCGAGUACGACAUCAAGCACACGGCGGCCAAGAUUGAGUACAUCGCCCGGCCGCCGAUUGUCUCCAUCAUGGGCCACGUCGAUCACGGCAAGACGACGCUGCUCGACCACCUGCGCCGCACGAACGUCGCGGCAGGCGAGGCGGGCGGCAUCACGCAGAACGUCGGCGCUUUCCAGGUCAAGACCCCCGACGGGCACUCCAUCACGUUUAUCGACACACCCGGCCACGCCGCUUUUACGGCGAUGCGCGAGGUCGGGGCGGCGGCGAACGACAUGAUUAUUCUGAUCGUGUCCGCGGUGGACGGCGUGCAGCCGCAGACGCGCGAGGUGAUCGAGAUCGCGCAGCGGCAAGGGACGCCGAUGCUGGUCGCCAUUACGAAGAUCGACCGCCAGCCGGACUGCGACUACAUCAAGGAACAGCUGCGCACCUGCAACGUGGAGCUGGAGGAAGACGGCGGCGACACCCAACUCGUGAAGAUCUGCGCCAAGGACGGCCGUGGCAUUCCCGACCUGCUCGAGGCGAUUCAGCUGCAGGCGGAGCUGAGCGAAAUCUCCACACCGACGCCGAGCCGGACGGAGUUGUACGUGUUGGAGUCGCGCAACUUGGGAGUGACGGAGGUGGCGGCGGUGGUGCACUGCGGCACCGUCCAGCCCGGCCAGGUCUUCGUCUCCGGCACCAUCUACGGCACAGUAAAGCGCGUCUUAGACGACCACGCCACCACGCUGGGCUCCGCUGGGCCCUCCGUGCCGGUCGUGUUGCAAGGGAUUCGUGUGCCACCGAAGCCCGGUUCCAUCCUCAUGCAGGUCAGCAGCGAACAACACGCGGAGAAGUUCAGCUGCUUUAUGCGUGAGGUCUACUCGGUCGAGGGUGGUCGCGAGAACUAUCUGCAGCUGCUGAACCAAGAACGGCGGGGCAACAUAGAGGGUCGCAAGCCGGACAACAACCUCGUGCGCGCCUACAGCACAAAGGCCUUUCUUUUGUGCGUCAAGGCGGCGACGUUCGGCAUGCUGCAGGCCGUGCUGAAAAUGGUCUACGAGCUGCCUCGACUGGAGGGCGUGUCGAUGGAGGUGAAGGUGACGGAGGUGGGGGGCCUGACGAAUCAAGAUAUCGCCUUUAUUGGGGCCUCGGGUCAACCAGGCUGCGUGCUGCUCUUUGGCGACUGCAAGGAUUCCAACAGUCUUGACGUGCCGAGCCACGUGAGCGUCGUCCGCUUCAACGUCCUCUACCACGGCAUCGACGAGCUCAAGCGGAUCCUGGUUGAAGCCCUGCCCAAGAUCGAGAAGACGCGCGUGCUGGCAACCGCGGAGUGUCUGCAAACGUUUAAAGCUUCGCAAGCCGGGCGUGCAGGUAACGCCGGUGGAAUGAAGGUGACCAGUGGCACGCUGGACGUGUCGCACCUGACCUGCCGCGUCAUCCGCAAGCACCAGAACAUGAAGGCGAAGCUGGCCGCCGCGGUGUCCGCCAACAAGGGCAGCGUCUCUACCAACGUCCUCGACGAGGACGAGUCGGUGGUGCGGGAGGUGGUGUACGAAGGUCAGAUGAAGGAACUGCGGCGCUUCAAGGAGCUCGUGCCGACGGUGGAGACCGGGUUGGAAUGCGGCGUGGUGCUCUUCGACGACUUCUCCUUCCGCGUGGGGGAUGUGUUUGAGCAGUACGAGAUGUACGAAGAGAGCCGCGAUGUCGCCGAGGAGUUCGAGGCUGCAGAGAAGCGGGAGAAGAUCCUGCGUGAGCAAGCUGUGGUGCAGGCGCGCAUGGAGGAAGAGGCGGCGGCGGCGUCCGCGGAGGUCACCCAGAAGAGCAACGAGCUGCACGAGAAGCUUACGGCUGCUGCCGCGGCAGUAGCAAGAGCGUGA